AUGGUAAGAGCUCCAUUCUAUGACAAAAAUGGACUGAAGAAAGGUGCAUGGAGUAGAGAAGAAGACGAGAUGUUAAGAGCUUAUGUUCACAGAUAUGGUCAUUCUAAUUGGCGUCAACUCCCCAAGUUUGCAGGUUUAGCAAGGUGUGGAAAAAGUUGUAGACUUCGUUGGUUGAACUACUUGAGACCAAAUCUAAAACACGGCAACUACACCCCAGAAGAAGAACAAAUAAUCAUCAAAUUACACCAAAAAUUUGGAAAUAAAUGGUCCUUGAUUGCUGAAAAACUGCCUGGAAGAACGGACAAUGAGGUAAAGAACUAUUGGCAUAGCCACCUGAAAAAGAAUAAUGAGAAGGAGAAAUCACAUAAUAAUAAUAUGAAUAAAAAAUUCCAAUCCCAAGUUAUGACACUUAAUAUAAUGAGAUUGUGCUUAGAAUUAUUAAUUUUGAAUGACAUUUAA